AUGCCAGUUAUUUUUUCAAUCUCAAAACCUCCUUCACGAUGUUAUUCAAUUACAGCUAAUCUUGCUCAACAAAGAACUACUGAUCCUCGUCUUCCGACAAUUAAUGAAAAUACAACUAUUGUAAAUCGUCUUGUAUCUGCUAUAUCGUGGAUUAGUUCAUCACCAACUCGUUUUCUUUUAUUUCAGUCAAAUAAUAGUAUUUCUGGUGUUCCAAGCCAGAUAAUUUAA